AUGUAUAAAAUAAUACGUCUACUGGUGCCGAUUAUUCUAGUCGAGAGUUCCUUAGUUCGCGACUCAUACUUUGAUAGAAAUAAAAUUACAGAAGAAUACUGCCCAAAGAGUGAGCACUGCGAAGAAGGUACUCAUGUUAUGUGCAUGUACUAUAACCCGAAAGAACUAAUGGGCAGACAAUGCCACGACGUAAAGGACGUCCAGAUAAGAAGAAAAGAAGCAGCGCGGCUAAUGGAAUUGUCUAAUGCAAUAAGAGGCAACAUAGCACGAGGAAAAGAAACAGGCAAAGAUGAAGAACUUCUACCGCGCGCUUACGGAAUGUAUAGACUGGAAUGGGACGAAGAGCUAGCUUCAUUUGCUCAAGUCUUAGCGAAUCAAUGUCUUUUGAGACAUGACCUUUGCAGGGCAACUAAAAAGUUUCCAGAACCAGGUCAAACGACCGGUGUGUACAGGUUCACAUAUCCAGAUUGGUAUAGCAUAACAGGGAACAGUACUUUUCCACCUGGGCUCUCUGAUGAAAAGCUGAUUCUUAGCAUCAGCCACAUCAUGCAAUCUUGGUAUCUGCAGAAGUCGUUCAUCACACCAGACAUGAUAUUGAGCUAUCCCAACUGGUCUGAGCAUAUGGACAAAGUGGGUGGAAAACUAUACUUGGAGAUGAUUUCAGGCGACGCGACGCACAUGGGCUGUGGCAUAUCGGCAUAUGCGCAAUAUGCUUAUCAUGCCAACAACGCCGAUUUGAGUUACAAUAACAUUCAACUUGUAUGCAAUUAUUCAGCGCGGCCCCGCAAAGGAAAGCCGCUUUACAACACCAAACCCCCAACGGACUCCGAUAUUGGAUUCACGGUUCGAUGCGGUUGUCCUAUCGGUUAUGAUGAAGACUAUAACUGUUUGUGCUACCCAAGUAACCGGGGACUGUCUAAAACCUGUGACGGGGAUAGGUGCAAGCCUUCAGUAGUUCUUUUACCGAUAUUCACAGUUGAAGAUGCGCCUGCGCAUAAAAUGAUUCACUCGAAUGGGCCCGAAAACGCCCUGAAUAUUCAAGAUUCUUUUGAAAUUUUAGAUAAAUUUGAUAAAUUCAAUGGAAAAUCAAGAAAGGCUCUCACUCUAUUUGAUGAAUCAUUGCGUGUAACUGAAAAGAGUAACUUUGUAGGACAAACAGACGUCAGGCGUAGAUAUUUUGAAAAACCGAAAAAUAAAUCUUACGGUUACACAAAGUCACCGAUACGAGUGGAGAUUCCUGCAAAAAGUAAGAUUAGAAACAAGCCAAGUAUAUUCACAAGAUCCGCAACAUUCGUACUACCCACAAGAAGAACGAAAAUAAAAUCAUCGAUGUUACCACCUCUUUUAAAAAAGGAUGUUAUUCCACGAAAAGACUUUUCAAGUGUCCAGAAGCUCGUCACUACAUAUUUAAGCAGAAGGCGGAAAAACGGAAAUUUUGACGACGCUGAUAAGAAUUUUAACUCAACACUGCACUACAACGAUCAAACAACAGAGAAAUAUACAAAAACUACAAUAAGUAGUAUAAAAUUUAAUCAAUAUUUAAAUCAUAAAGACUAUGAUUUCGUAAACGUUACAGACAAACCUGUCGAAACCUAUGAAAUGAAAGAAGAUAAGAAAGUAAUAAACUUGCUAGAUGACUUACAAGCACAAGUGAAACACAUUGAUUUUGACAGAAACGAAAAAGAAAUAUUCGAUGCCAAGUUGCGCCAAAUAUAUAGUUCUUUAUCGAAAUAUCCAAAAGAACGCGCAGACCCUGAAUUUGAUAUAAGCAAUGUUACUUUAAGAAGACACAAUUACAAAAUGUCUGAUCAAUUUUCAAUAAGGAAUAGCGAAAAUGAAGAAAAGUACUCUCAAUUAAAUCGUAAGAGACAAUAUGAUAAUUCGUUCAACGAUCCGAUAGAUCGAUAUAAUCAUCAUAAAGACUCUCAAGUUACCGAGACCAAGUACAAAAAUAUGUACGGCAUAAGACGGAAAAAUAAGGAUUUAUAUAAACGACCCAGUGUGGAUGAGAUGAGGGGAAAUUACUAUUUAAAAAAGGAUAACGAUGGACUUCUGAGUAACGAUAGACGAAAGUUCUACCAAGAAAAACUUGACGAUCUUGAAAAAAAAUUACAGAGAAUGCGGAGUAACUUUCGAAGAAAAAAUACAAUGAGUGAUAAUCGUCACCUCAGACCUGUAAGGCCAGCAGUUGAAAGAAGAUUAGAAGAGAGCAGUGCAUUUUAUUUACCGGAUAGAGCUAGAUUUUUACAUGGAUUUUGA